AUGGCUUUUUCCCAUCCAAUUCAUGAAGCAAACAAAAACAGCCCUUAUGGAGACCUCACAAGAGAAGAAUUCCACAAGAAGCAUCAAAUACUUCACAAACAAAGCUUCAUGUUCAACAAGAAAAACAUGAAGAUUUUUACUCAGUCAUGGCAGCCCGCAGAUUAUUCAACUUCAGAACUCAAAGGACUUGUGGCAAUGAUCCAUGGUUAUUGCUCAGAAAGCAGCUGGCUGUUUGAGCUAAAUGCGAUCGCCAUAGCCAAAUCAGGCUACUUUGUUUGUGCUCUUGAUCUUCCAGGCCAUGGUUACUCAGAAGGCUCACGCGGGUUCAUCUCAGAUCUCCUAUCUUUAGUCUCCGAUUCAAUCCAAUUCUUCGAUUCCGUUCGAAAAGAGCACUCAGGACUGCCAGCUUUUCUUUAUGGUGAAUCACUUGGAGGAGCAAUUGCUGUCUUCAUUUGCUUAAGGCAAAAGAAUGAAUGGAAUGGACUCAUUUUAAGCGGUCCAAUGUUCGGAAUUUCGCGAAACAUGUUGCCAAUGUGGCCAACGGAGAAAAUAAUCUUGCCUGUGGCUUCUUCUUUUGCACCUUCUUGGCAGAUAAACAGCACAAGACUUUUUGCUGUUGAAUCAAUCAAAGAGGGAUGGAAGAAGAGGUUGGUUGGAAAGGGACCGAAUCGACCGACAAAUUCAAUGAUUCCGCUUCAAGCAAUUACUCUGAGAGAGUUCAUGAAAGCAUGUAGUUUUAUUCAAAGAAGAUGCCACCAACUGGAGGUUCCAUUGUUGGUUUUGCACGGGGAAGAUGAUAGAGUCUGUGAGCCUCAAGCAGCUAAGUUCGUAUUUCAAUCAGCUGCCAGUAAGGAUAAGUCGAUGAAGAUUUGUCCUGGGAUGUGGCAUCAAUUAAUAGGGGAACCAAAUCCAAGUGUUGAACAGGUUUUUGAGAUGAUUAUUUCUUGGAUUGAGGUGAGAGCCAAGAUGGUGAAAAUGAAUCACAUUACACACUCUUCCCUUUAG